CUGGUAAAGAGAGAUUCAUGAUUGUCGCUCAGACAAUAAGGCAAGGAAGGGGGAGGGCUGGAGGAUUGUUGACCGAUAGAGCGAUAAGAAGAAGGCUGUUGAAUACUGCAGCUUCCGAUUCAAACAUUUUCAAUUAUCGCCUUCCGACCGAAAAUGAAACCAAUCGAAAAGGGCCAUUAGCCGCUUGGACUGUCUCAAUAAAAGACAACAUUUGCACAAAUGAUAUGCCUACAACAUGUUCAAGCAAGAUGCUAGAAUCCUACACAUCACCUUUUGAGGCAACAACGGUAAGGCUAUUACGAGAAGCAGGAGCAAAUAUCAUGGGAAAAACCAAUUGUGAUGAAUUCGGAAUGGGUUCAAUGAAUCUUGAUUCGGCAUUUGGUCCCGUUCACAAUCCAAGAGUACCCAAUGGACAGCCUCCAAGAGUCGCUGGAGGUAGUUCGGGUGGUGCAGCAGCAAGUGUAGCCGCAAAACAUUGCAGAGUAGCAAUUGGUUCUGACACUGGAGGAUCAAUACGAUUACCAGCUGCUUAUUGCGGCGUCUAUGGCUUCAAACCAUCGUAUGGGCUGAUCAGCAGAUGGGGCCUGGUAUCAUACGCUGAUAGCUUGGACACGAUUGGAAUAAUAGCUUCCCGACAUGAUGAAGUGAAGGAAACUUUUGAUGUGUUAUCACAAUAUGAUGAUAGAGACCCAACCAGCAUUUCUCAGGACGUCCGCAACAAAGCAGAAAAGGUGGCAGGAGAAGCACUUCAAGGGAUCGGAAAGAGCGGGAAUCUGAAUGGAUUGUGCAUUGGUGUUCCACAACAAUUCUUUGCGAAGGAAGUACAUCCAAGAGUGAUGCCAUCUGUGCGAAAGACGCUAUCGACGUUAAAACAAUUAGGAGUGGAAAUCGUUCCGGUGAAUCUUCCAAAUAUCAAGUAUGCAUUGAGUGCAUAUUAUGUUUUAGCAAGUGCUGAAGCAAGUAGUAACUUGGCACGCUACGAUGGUAUACGCUUUGGACAUCGAUCCGACGAGCUAGAAUCUGCGGAAGAGGUCCAGGGGAGAAAUUCGACAAAGUUUGCCAAACAUAUUGCGAAAACAAGAAGUGAAGGUUUUGGCAAAGAGGUCAAGAAGCGGAUAUUGUUGGGAACUUAUUCUCUCACUUCUGAGUUGUUCGAUAACUACUUCUUGCAAGCGCAACGAGUAAGACAAUUAGUCCGAAAAGAUUUGGACAGAGCAUUUUGCUUAAAUAAUGUCAUGGAAUCUACACAGAUGGAAUCGAGAACAGGAGUCCAUGCUAUCUUGCACCCAUCUGCAGUCGAUAUUGCUCCUUUGGUGAGCGAAGCAAAGGAAAGAGGAGUAGAGACCUACACCCAAGAUCUCCUUACAGUUCCGGCUAGUCUAGCAGGUCUGCCCUCCAUAAGUGUUCCCGCCGGUCGAGCUGAAGGAAUGCCGGUUGGAAUUACGAUUUCAACUCAAUGGGGUUGUGAGCCCAUUCUUUGGCGGAUUUUGCAAAAUAUCGGACCAUGAUCCCAGAAAAAAAAACAUUUGUACACUAUCAAAGGCUCCAAGAGAGCUUUCUGCAUUCCUAUUUAUACAUUUCUGAAAUUCAUCUGUAUUCUUACAUGAAACCACCUCUGCGUGUGAAUGGGAUACCUAAUC